UCUAUUUCACAGUUAUAUUAUCUACAUGCUCUAAACUUCCCAUGCAGAGUCAAUCGACCAAAUAUAGUAAUCCAAAAUGUCUGACAAUGCAAUUUCCACCAUUGAAGUGAAAGCAAGAAAGCUUGUUAGACCAGAAGGAGGUGAAGCAAGCGGAAGCCAAGAACAAAUCAUUAAUGAUGAUAACGAAGCGAGCGGAUCUGCCACUGGAAGCCAUGGCCAACUCAUCGAGCAGAGCGAAAUGCUAAGCAUUGUAAUCGAUGACAAAUCAAAAACCUCUAGAAGUUUUCAGGAGAGGUUAAACUCCUUGAAACGGGAAGCGCAAAAGAGUAAUCUUACACCGAAGAUACAGAAGGUUCCUUUCAUUCUUAGAGAGAAUAAGGAUUUCGAAAAGUACUACGAACCAAGGGUGGUUGCCGUUGGCCCUAUCCACCAUGGUCACCCUAAGUUCGAGUAUGCUGAAAAUGCCAAGCGUAGACUAGCCGGUGCGUUUAUUGAAGAAAAUGGUAUAGAUGCAGAAAGUCUAUACAACAAGAUUAUGGCGGAGUUGCAGGAUUUGAAAAAUAGUUACGUGGAAGAUGUGAUAAAAAGCUACAGCGAUGAUGAGCUAGCUUGGAUGUUCCUGGUGGAUGGUAGCGCCAUUCUUCAUUUCAUAUAUUGCGUUGUACAUGAAAUUAGAAAGUUGGAGGAAUUGCAGAUCAAGAAAGAUCAAGUCGCGUUUGCUCAGCAGGAUCUGUUCUUGCUUGAGAAUCAACUUCCAUUUCAACUCCUCCAAUUAUUGAUGACCUUCAUUCUCGAUAACAAGAAAAAGGAGACCAUUAACAACUCAAUCCGAGACUUUAUUCACAGCAAUAAAAUGACAACGGAUCGACCAAUGGAAACACUACCUAAAAAUGCCUACCAUCUUCUCGACCUUCUACGAAAACAACUUCUGAUAUGCACGCAAACAGCAAAAGAAUGCCAGACUCCACAUUCAUUUCGUAAUGUGACGGAGCUGAUAGCUUCAGGUAUAAGGUUAAAACCAACCGGUAAAUGCUGCUUAGAUAUUUCUUUUGGUAAUAGUUGCUUCUUUAUAGGAACUUUAAAGCUACCUUCUCUAGUCGUAGAUGAUUCAACAGCACCUAAGUUCUUGAACUUGAUUGCAUAUGAAAUGUGUCCAGAUUUUAUGAAUAAUUUUGAUGUUACAUCUUACGUAUGCUUCCUCGACUCACUUAUCGAUCAUACUGAAGAUGUUCAAGAGCUUCGAAAGGCUCACAUUCUGAUAAAUUCGCUUGGUAGUGAUAAAGAAGUAGCUAAACUGUUCAAUAAGAUUGGCACUGAUUUAGUUCCAAAUCCAGAUUUAUACGCUGAAGUUCAAGAUGCUAUUGAAAAACAUUACAACAGCAAGUAUAUUUCUUGGAUGGCUCAGGCUUAUCAUAGCUAUUUCAGUAGCCCAUGGACUUUCCUUGCACUUCUUGGUGCUUUGUUUGCGCUCUUUCUUAGUUCUGUUCAGGCUUAUUACUCGUGGCGUCCUCGAAACUAGUGAGAUCGUAUCAGCAUAUGCUUCUGUGGAUGAUCUUCUCGUAUGUUUUUCUAAUCAAUAAAUCAUACUAAAGUUUUCUUUUUCUUUUCUAAUUUUUGGACAUUAUUUGUGUGUGAAAAUAAACUUUAUGUAUAAGAUUGUAUUGGAAUUAAUUAUUUUGUUUUGUUUUUUUCUCACAUUAAAGGUGAUUACUGCCAGUUUGUAUUAUUUCUGAAACAUAUAUAUAAGAAAAUACUUGUUGUUCUUGGUA